AUGUUAUUUUCAAAUUUAGACAAACUAAUCCAAUUUGUCAUGUUAAUUUAUACUACUGACAACUUUAUUCGUUUUGUAUUAAUCUCGUCAUCUGUAACUACAAAUAGAUUGCAUCUAUAUGAAAAUAUGAACCAGUCAUCAGAAUAUUUAAAAAUGAAUGGUUUACAGCGAACUAAUUUCAAAUUUUCACAGAAAUAUAAACAUGUAAAUGACCAACGUCAUCAUCAACAGCGUUCCGACGUACCUACCAGGUUGCCUUCAGUUCAAGAAUGUAUAUCAGAUCAAUAUAAUUACAGUGUUAUCAAAGGUUGUUUAUGUUAUUUAUUUCAAAGCACUGGAUUAAGUAAUGGUUCGUUUGAAUUUAUAACAAACUUGCAUUUAAAUUUAUUUUGGAACAAAACAUCUAAAUGCAUAAUUUAUACAUUCGUUGGUGAUUUAAAAGAGAUCGUACAUGUACGUUUACUGGAAUUUAGCCUGCCAAUGAAAAUACGAAAAAUUGGAAGUAAUAAAUGUACUACACAAUUUAAAGUUUAUCAUCAGUUAGAACGAGCAGAAUUGAUGAGUAAUGAUCAACCGGAUUAUGAAUUAUGCGGCCAACACUUAAAUCAACUCCCUGUUCAUGAAUUUCAUUCGUAUGGACGUGUCAUGAUUAUUGAAUUGGAUCAGAUCACAAAAGAGAAGCAAAAAGUUAUAGGAUUUUAUGAAUUUCUUGACAGAGAUGCAUAUCAAACUGAUGGACUACCAAUCAAAGCAACAAAAUGUGAUCAACUAUUUUUCAGUUCAUCCUAUAUCACAAUUCAAGAUGAUCAUAACCAACAGAUAUCGCCUAAAAGCAAUAGUUUAAAUCAACGUCAAAAGGGCAGUAAUGAAAAAUUAUUUUCUUCACGUACAAAAACAAACGGGAAAUUUUUCAGUCCUAAUUAUCCACAGUUUUAUAAAGCAUCGAUGUUAUGUAAAUAUUAUUUUUUAGCUCAUUAUAAUGAACGUAUUGUAAUCAAAUUAAAUCAUGUGCAAUUAUGGAGUUACAAAAGUUGUCAUCACACCUCGCAACGUGAUACAAUUCAUUUUCAUGAAAUCACUACUUCAUUAUUUGAUUUAAAUUACUCUUCAUUUUUUCAAUUGGAAAAGAUUAUCCAAAACUCAAUUGUUUAUGAAUUAAAAAAACAACUAUUGUUCUUAUGUGGUGAUAAAGAUCAAACUGUAAUUAUCUCAGAUAAUCGAUUUAUGAUGCUGACUUUACAAACACAUGUAGACAGUGUUGGAGCACGUGGAUUUGAAGGAGUCUAUCAAUUUUUAAGUAAAGAAAAGUUAUCUUACAGUCAAGGUAAUCAUGAUGAUAAGGACAUAUAUAAACAUAUCGAUAAAGAACUAUUUCGAAAUCCAACUACUAAAGGAUUCAUGAAUACUGAAAUUGAUUCGUCAGUUCAAAAAAAGACUAUUCAACAAAUAAAACACAUCUGGAUGAAUCCAUCGAAACUUCAAGGAACAAUAAAAUCUCCGAAUUAUCCAUCAGUUUAUCCACAGAAUUGUAAACUAUUAUACAUUAUUAAUAUACCUGAAAAGAGAUUGCUUCGAUUGAAAUUUUCAGAUAUUCAGUUAGGAAGUAACAUGUCGAGUACCAAAUGUACGCAACAUGUGGGUGAUCGUAUAGAAAUCUACGAAAAGAAUUAUUUAAAUAUUACACCCAAGUUAAUUUUGUGCGGGACAUCAGUACCAGAGGAACAAAUAAUGUUGAAUAAUAAAUUUGAAAUGCAACGUGUAUACAUUUAUUUUAUUACAGACCAUAUAACAAGUACAAAUGAGCUUGGUUUCAUGUUGUCAUAUGAAUAUUCCACUAAGAAUGAUUAUACUGAGAAUAAUAACAAAUUAUUUCUUAUUCGUAAAGAUUUAUCCGACAAGGUUGAUGAUGAUACAUGUCAAUUCACAAUUACAAGUUACGGAAAAGAAUCAAAUGGUUUUCUUCACAUACCAAGUAAUUUAAUUAGAACGAGAAAGCCGUCUGAGUUAAACAACUGUAAAUGGAAACUUGAAGGUGGUUAUGGACAACGUAUACAAAUACGUUUUGUACGACGUCUAGAUAAUUCACAGCAAAUCUAUCAAUUUCAACGUUCACAAAUUACAUCAAGUGAAGUUAAUGAUAUUGUGUUAAAUUAUACGAGUGAUUUUAUUCAAUACGAUCGAGAAUUCGGGGGUUCGAUCUAUAGACAAAAACAUCAACCUGAUAUGAAUGAUAUACACGAAAUUAAAUCAUCUUUUUUAAACAGUUUAAAAUGUCCCACUUCAAUGACUUUAGAAUUGAUCAAUUAUCGUGCUGACGUUUUAACUACUAACAAUGAUAUCAAUAGACUGUUAAAUAAGAGGUUAAAUCCUAAUUUCGUUUCACAACAAAGUUAUUCAUCGUUAAAUUUAAAUGCAAUUUCUACUACACAAUCGACAUCACCUUUAUUCACCACAGAUCCCAUGGAGACUAUACCUUUAGAUCCUGUUCGUUUAUGCGCUGGGAUUUUAUGA